AUGUCUCCUUCCAGCGCCGCUCGCAUUUUGAAUAUCCAGGUACGCUUAAUCAAUAUGGACAUCGGUACUUUCGGCAAGCUCCAGUGGAUAACGUACAUUUUUGCCUUCCAUUCUCGGUUUAUUACGACCACAUUGGGCAGUAGUACCCAGAGAGCUGAUAAGAUUCUCCAAGCCGCUGAAUAA